CAAUCUCCCAACAUAGAUACUAUCCUAUUUUUAGAAGAUACUAAGUAACUUGCUCACUCUCAUCUGCUUAGCUGUGUCUCGGUCUCAAACCUUUUCUUUUGUAAUGUUUACUCCAAAUUCAUUUGAAAUUUUAGGUAAAAGUCCACUGUUGCCACCCGAGACACUAACAAUGGGUUAUGGUCCAGGUUGGCUUUUGUUGUACAACACGACCACGAAGAACGUGCCACUCUAAGGGGAAGGAGACAAGCCAUUCUCCCACCGAGACUUGGGUGGGAUGUCUGGGGAAGCAGCACCGUUGAGCCCUCUCCAAGGUAGGAAGGCUCCGGGUGGGCGCGUGCGCGCAUGCGCACACCAGCGGCGCCCGGCUCCGCCCCGCGCCCACUAUUUAUUCCCAGAAUCCCUCUGUCGCACCAGAACGGCUGGAUCGUUCCGAGACUGCGGAGGCCGGGCGCGGCGGCGUCAAGAUGGCGGCGGCGGCGGUGGCUGCGGCUGCGGCGGCAGCAGCGGCCGCAUCUCUUCAGGUGCUGGAGAUGGAGAGCAUGGAGACCGCCGCCGCCGGCUCGGCAGGGCUGGCCGCCGAAGUCCGGGGCAGCGGCACGGUGGACUUCGGGUCUGGGCCCGGCAUAUCUGCAAUGGAGGCGAGCGGGGGCGAUCCGGGCCCGGAGGCCGAGGAUUUCGAGUGCAGCUCUCACUGCUCGGAGCUGUCUUGGAGGCAGAACGAGCAGCGGCGCCAGGGCCUCUUCUGCGACAUUACCUUGUGCUUCGGCGGCGCGGGAGGCCGCGAGUUCCGGGCCCACCGCUCGGUGCUGGCCGCCGCCACCGAGUACUUCACGCCCCUGCUCUCGGGCCAGUUCUCGGAGUCCCGCUCGGGCCGAGUGGAGAUGCGCAAGUGGAGCUCCGAGCCUGGGCCCGAACCCGACACGGUGGAAGCCGUUAUCGAAUACAUGUACACCGGGCGCAUCCGUGUCAGCACGGGCAGCGUGCACGAGGUGCUGGAGUUGGCCGACAGGUUCCUUUUAAUUCGUUUAAAAGAAUUUUGUGGAGAAUUUCUCAAGAAAAAACUUCAUCUCUCUAAUUGUGUAGCCAUUCAUAGCUUAGCUCACAUGUACACCUUGAGCCAACUUGCUCUGAAAGCUGCCGAUAUGAUACGGAGAAAUUUCCACAAAGUAAUUCAGGAUGAAGAAUUUUAUACCUUACCUUUCCAUCUCAUUCGAGACUGGCUGUCGGACUUGGAAAUUACAGUGGAUUCCGAAGAGGUUCUCUUUGAAACAGUUUUGAAAUGGGUUCAGAGAAAUGCUGAAGAGAGAGAAAGAUACUUUGAAGAACUUUUUAAAUUGCUCAGAUUGUCCCAGAUGAAACCUACUUACCUUACUCGGCAUGUCAAACCAGAGAGGCUGGUGGCCAAUAAUGAAGUUUGCGUCAAGUUAGUGGCCGAUGCAGUAGAGAGGCAUGCUCUGAGGGCUGAAAACAUACAGUCUGGCACCUUCCAGCAUCCUGCCUCUCAUGUCUCCUUAUUACCUCGCUAUGGGCAAAACAUGGACGUGAUCAUGGUUAUUGGAGGCGUGUCAGAAGGAGGGGAUUAUUUAAGUGAAUGUGUGGGAUAUUUUGUCGAUGAGGACAGAUGGGUAAACCUGCCCCAUAUUCAUAAUCACCUUGAUGGACAUGCUGUUGCAGUAACAGAGUCCUAUGUGUAUGUUGCUGGAUCAAUGGAACCAGGGUUUGCUAAAACUGUGGAAAGAUACAACCCAAAUUUGAAUACGUGGGAACAUGUUUGUAGUCUGAUGACAAGGAAGCAUUCUUUUGGGUUAACAGAAGUCAAAGGGAAGCUCUACAGCAUUGGAGGACAUGGCAACUUUAGUCCUGGCUUCAAAGAUGUGACUGUUUAUAAUCCUGAGCUUGAUAAAUGGCACAACUUGGAAUCGGCACCAAAGAUUCUUCGAGAUGUCAAAGCGCUAGCCAUUGAAGACCGGUUUGUGUACAUCGCUGCCCGCACUCCUGUGGACCGGGACACGGAAGACGGAUUAAAGGCUGUAAUUACUUGCUAUGAUACGGAGACUCGACAGUGGCAAGAUGUGGAAUCUUUGCCACUUAUUGACAAUUACUGCUUUUUCCAAAUGUCCGUGGUCAAUUCAAACUUUUAUCAGACAGCAUCAUGCUGUCCUAAGAGUUAUUCUUUAGAAAAUGAAGAGGCAGUAAGAAAAAUUGCCAGCCAAGUUUCCGACGAGAUCCUUGAAAGCUUACCUCCAGAAGUCCUAAGCAUCGAAGGAGCAGCCAUCUGCUAUUACAAAGAUGAUGUUUUCAUUAUUGGAGGCUGGAAAAACAGUGACGAUAUUGACAAACAGUAUCGGAAAGAAGCCUACCGGUAUUGUGCUGAAAGAAAGCGGUGGAUGCUUCUUCCCCCCAUGCCACAGCCGCGUUGUAGAGCCACUGCUUGCCAUGUGAGAAUCCCAUACCGGUACUUGCAUGGCACCCAGAGAUACCCUAUGCCUCAAAACUUAAUGUGGCAGAAGGACCGGAUCAGACAGAUGCAAGAAAUACAUCGGCACGCCCUAAACAUGCGACGAGUGCCGAGCUCUCAGAUUGAAUGCUAGGUUCUCUGAUAGGUGCGGCUUCAAACAGUUGUACCUGUUUCAUGAGGCUGAGGAUACCCAGACUGUUACUUGAAAAAGUAUGUCGAUAACUUAUUUUCUACCUAAACUGAUUAUUGUCCCAUAUAAAGGAAAUAGAGUUAAACUGAAGAAUGGGAAACUCGAUUUACUAUGUGGUAACAUUUGUUGGUUUGUAGUCUUUUUCUGUCUUUGGUUUGUGUGGAUGUGCUAGCUAAAUGAGAUCUUAUUAAUGAUAAGUGGAAAACCCAGGGAUAGUCACUUGGCUGUUUUUCCGCCAACAAGUUAAAACUCCUUUGUCUUAGGGAUUUAUUGUUUUGAACAUGCUUUAAGCAACAGUUUAUUUGCACGUUUACUUUGAUAUUCCUUUUGAUUUUCUCCUGAAUGGCUGGUUUUGAAAAGGGCAGAAUUUAUGCAUUGAGCCCUCAUCUGCAGGAGGUAUGUGCAAUAGUGAGACUGAGAUUUGAAGGGAAAAGCACAAUAUUUCAGCGAGAUGAUUUCAGAAUAUUUGCAUUGAUAUUUUGUUGUAUGUGCUUAUCUAGAAAUUCUGUUUUGCUUCUCUCUAGAAGAGAUGACUGAUGAGAAAUUUGUGAUUGGCUCAUUGGUUUUUGAAUAUUUUUCAUCUCUUCAGCAACUGUUAGAGACUUGGAGCCAUCGUUCUGAGAUGAUGGUGGUUGACAAGAGUAUUGAUCUUUGGCUGAUUGAUUUAAUACAGAGGAAGGUAUAUGUGCGAAAUUUGUUUCUCUAAGAAGAAAAGUAUUGUUAGUGUAGACUGAGGAAUCAAAGGCAUUAAAACAUUUAAACACUUUUUUCAGGAGUUACAGGCUUACUUGAGGUUAAAUUACUGAGUGUGUAAAUAAUGCCUAUGACAAUCGACACUCAAUGCCUUCAAUUUUAAAUUUUGCUCUAAUGUAUAUUGUAUAGAAUCCUCAUUCCUUUCUAAAAGAAACUUUUUCCAAAAUGGGAAUGAAGUGACCAUUUAGAGAAAUGUUGCUAAAGGGAAGCCUUAUUGUUUCUCAGCCCUGGUUGUUGUACUAUUUUAUCCAGUUGCCCUAGACUUUUAUUGGAACUUUGAGCCUAGAAUACCAAAUUUAGGUGCACAAUUAUGGCUCUUAAAGAUGUAUUGCUUUAGUUACCUUUUAUUUAUUUUAUGCAUUCUUCUGAUUCUCUAACACAGUCCCAAGCUUUAUACAAGUUAGCACUCAGCUUAGAGGACUCCUGCCCUAAUGGCUUGCAAAAGGGGUCCAUCAUAUGUUUCUUCUUUCGGAAUGUCUGUCUCCUUAGACAUUCCAGAAUACUGUUCUAGAAGUUGAAUUCCAAGUGCAGUGAUGAUUUUUUUCCCUAGUCCAUUAUAAUUAACCUCCUUAUUGUAUCAAACAUCAAAAGAAAAAGCACAACUAGAAAUUUUGGCUUUCAAUUUGCUGCAAGACUAUUAAUAUUUAGCCCUUGGACUCUAUACCAAGAACUUCCCUGAAAUUUCUAAAUUAGUAUCCCUGCCUAGGACAAAGUUUGUCAAUAAAUGUGUUGGAAAUCUGCUUUAAAACCAUUUCAUUUAGAUUGGGGUGGGGGUAGUAAACUUCAAGUCUUGUUUCUGUAUGAGGAUAUAUUAUCCUGUGCCAUCUCUACCGUUUUAUCAAUUUCCAUUUGUAGCUAUUUUGAAAAAAGCCAUUUCUGAGAAGUGCUAAUUCUGAGUUGAGGUCUGAGCAAGUGAGACAGAAAAGCUCAUUGAGUGAUGUUCUCCUCUCUGAUAGACUAUGCUAGGUAGCAAACUUCCUUUUCUUGGUGGUGGUGAAAUAAUUUAGUAGCUCACUACAAUGGGCAGUUUCUCUCUAGGAGGUGUGAUGUAAGGUUUUUGGAUCUUAGAGUUGUCUUCUGAGACCAAUGUUACCAAGUUAUUUGGGGGUGGUCUUAUUUCAUGUAUGUGACAAGUUCUAAUUCCUCUAAGAUUUAGGUAUAAUCUGGUUUUGAAAACUUGAUUGAAACUGUUGUUUUUUUAACUCAGCAGGCAACCUAGGCCAUGGCUGAAAAGAAGGGGUAAGUCCUUCCUUGCAUGAUGUGUGCAGGUUUUCCUGACGACUGAAUUUCUGAUUUUCAUAUUUGAAUUCACAUGUGUGACUUCACGUCAAUAACUUGUUUCUGAAAUAUCCUAACUAACUUGUUUAAUAAGGAAGGAAACCAGAGUUGCUUAAAUCUGUUCAAGGCUGACAUUCUGAAAUCUAAACUGGAAAUAACUUCCAGAGUAUUUAGAAAGGUUCUGACUAUGAUAACCAGCCUAAAAUGGCUCUUUGGGAAAGAAAUUUCCGUUUUGAUGAAAACUUAGAGUGUGUUUGGUAAUUUCGGCAGUUAAAAAUACAGCUUUAAAAAGGACAGCUUAACAUGUAUUCAAGCAGACCUUUUGUUCUUGUUGUUGCUUUUGUUUUUGUUUUGUGGAAGGAAAAGAGAGGAAUUGAUUAUACCAAAAAAAUAAUACCUAUACAUAAUUUUGAGUGCUAUUUAUAUCUUAGAAUGGAUAUCCUUUAACUACACCUACCCCACCAUGGCUUUAAAAAAACAAACCUGUGGUAUCUAUUGAGAAUGUCAGUCAUGAGCGUAGUGUUUAAGUAAUACAUUUCACUUGCAGUUGUUUGCAUGAUUAGUCUUGUAUAUCUUGAUAUCCAACUUUGCUUUUGCUGUGCCAAUUCAAAGAUAUUUUACUAAGAAAAAAAUCGCAAUUCAUUGAUACCAGUUUUGUUUUGAUGACUUCGUUUUAUAUAGUAUUGUUGGGACCCAAAAAUUUUAAAACACUAAUAUAUAUAAAAACAGAGGUUUGAAGCUGGAAAGGUAGUGUUUAUCAAAGAUUUGUGUGCUUUUGUUUUUUAAACUCUUCAGGUCGCUGGUAAGGCAGUUUCUAGGACACACUUUUUUCUUUGUUUCUUGACUAGUGUAGCAUGUGGUAUGUUUAAAUACUUCAUUCUCUGCUUCAUAAUCCUAAUAAGACACUAUUCUGUAGGUAGACAAGUAAGCUAAAUUGUAUAUUUUAGUUACUUGGCCUAAUCAAGCAUAACUAAAGGGACUUUUUUUGUACUUUUGUCAAAUUAAGCUUAAAUAAAAAGGGUAUGUUGGCCAUACUUCCUGUCUUUUGAAAGUUCACAGAAUUGUGAAGCAAGUUCCUUGCCUCCACUAGAAAAAUAGGGUAUUUUUAUAGGUUGCCAUUUAACUGUAGAAUAUUUGAGAAACAGUUCAGUCUCUCCUUUAAUUGUCAAACAUUUUGGCACGGUCCAUCACUCCAGUUUGUUGCUUUCUUGAGAAUAGUCCAUUUUUGUUGCUGUUAUAAUGCCUACAUAACGUGUUCUGGUCCUUGGAAACAAAACAGCUCAUAGUUGAGUGAGUAAUACAGUAACAAUAACAUAAUAUAAUAGUCAUCUUGCUUCAAGGAAUUUAAUUAGAUAGCCAAAUAACGGCUUUACUGAUUACCUUGGUAGGGCUUUUGUCUUACUCUCUGAGCAUCAUUACAAAUGUCUGACGUUGAAGCACAUACAGUAGAGCACUUGUUGACUUAAUCCUCCUGCAUAAUGCACUUGUGAAAAAUUAAGCUUGUUAGAUGUUUGAAGAUUAUGAUCCAUGUGCUAGGGCUCAUUGAGUUAUUUGUAAAAUACAUAUUUAGUUCAAGUUGAUACACGGUGAGUUUUUGGGACUAUCAGUAUCCAAGCCCCUAGUCUACUGAAAGUAUAAUCUUGGCUCUCUCCCUUUAAGUCAGAGGAGAUGUAGAAUUUAGGAUGCUUUGAGACAUUACAUUGUAAAAUAGCUUGUUUUAUGUUCCUAAAGCUAUCUUGUUCUGUGUUGAAGCUAUUAAUUGUCUCAGUGUAAGUUUUAAAUAAACAUAUUUCUUU